AUGGCUAAUGCCAAUAAUGAACCCGAUUUUACGUACAGAAUAUACUUGCAAGAACAACUGUCUAUGGACCUCCAUUCCAACGCCGGAAGUGUGUUAUUAGACUCACCUCAGCAGGAAAUGUUGACACAAAUACAAGGAGAUAAGUUUGUAGACAUUGGAGACAUGUCUCGCGAAUCACUUGUGGCGUGGGUUUAUGGAGUCAUCGACUAG